GUAUUAGCAUCUGCGCGAUAGGUAGUACAGUGCAACGAAGUGAAGCUGGAUUUACAUGGCGAAAAAUUACAACAUGGCGGCGCCGCUGUCGCGGUUCGGCGUGCUGGUGGCACAACUGGAAUCCAUAGUGGCCUCUACAGUUCAUAAAUCUCCGGAGCCACUCCUCUGCUUCGAUCUCCUCUCCGAUCUCGUCUCCGCCAUCGACGAGGACACCAAGGAAAAUGUUUUGCUGUGGCAAAGGAGAUGUGAGGAUGCGCUAUAUUCCCUGCUUGUUAUUGGUGCACGACGGCCCGUGCGUCACUUGGGAUCAGUAGCGAUGGCGAAGGUCAUAUCUAAGGGAGAUGCGAUAUCGAUUUACUCUAGAGCUAGCAGCCUUCAGGGAUUUCUUUCUGAUGGGAAGAGGAGUGAACCUCAGAGAAUUGCUGGUGCUGCACAAUGUUUGGGAGAAUUGUACAAGUACUUUGGUAGAAGAAUCACUUCAGGUUUAUUUGAGACAACAAUCAUAGCAACAAAACUUAUGAAAUUCAAUGAGGAGUUUGUAAGACAAGAGGCAUUAUAUAUGCUUCAGAAUGCUUUGGAAGGCUCUGGUGGUAGUGCUGCUUCAACAGCAUAUUCAGAGGCAUUCCGUCUCAUAAUUAAAUCUGCUACUGGGGAUAAGUCGUUUGCUGUGAGAAUAGCUGCUUCAAGAUGUUUGAAGGCAUUUGCUAGUAUUGGAGGUCCAGGCUUAGGUGUGGCAGAACUUGACAAUUCAGCCUCUUAUUGUGUUAAGGCAGGCCCUUGAAGAUCCUGUUCCAUCUGUUCGGGACGCCUUUGCUGAAACUUUAGGUUCCUUGCUUGCUCUUGGAAUGAAUCCUGAGGCACAGGUUCAACCAAGGGGAAAGGGUCAUUUACCUCAAGCAAAAAAACUAGAAGGUGGAUUGCAUAAGCAUUUGAUUUUGGCCUUCACAAAAGCAAGUGGAGUACGGUCUAGGGAUGUUCGGGUUGGCCUAACACUAUCUUGGGUAUUCUUCUUACAGGUGAAUUUUGACAUUUCUUUGAUGAGUGUUUACUUUACAGUUUGUGUAGAGGCAUUCUUCUUAUUGAGAUUUGUAGAUUGGAUAGUAUUGUUAUUUC